AUGCCAAUGAAAGAUUCACGGCAACUUACAUGUCGAUUAAAUUCAUGGAUUAGAUUGCAAUUGGAAUAUCGGGCUGGGAUAUACUAUUCUGACACUCUCACAAGGAAGAAGCCUAUUGUUCCCAGUGGUACUAAACCUCGAUGCAAUAGGUACCUCGUGCAACAUUACCUCUAUGGCAUUAAGAGAAGCUGUCCCGCUAGGAACUCUGGUAGCAAGUGCAGCGGUUGCACAGAUGCACAUGAUUUUAUGGAUGCAAGGAUGGAGAAUGCGAAGGAGUUGCAAAAGGUAUUGGACAGUUGUCCUUCCCGCAUUGAAGGGUCAUGGAUUAUACCUGAUAUCCAUACUUCGGCAAUGAGCGCCACUGAGGACGAUAGUGGCGUAAUGACCGGGUUGGGAGUGUUGUCUGGAUGCACUUUAGCAGCAUUCAAGGAUAGAGCAAAUUGGAAUGACGAUGACGGCAUUCCGGGGUAG